AUGGAGGCUCCUAAAACACCACAACAGGCUCAGCACAACGCGGAUCGCCAUGCCAGAGAAUUGUACCGUUACUACCAGCCGGCUCCCCAAGACAGCGUGGUUCCUUCUUGGUUCCCUGCCGGCGAAGAGUACUCACUGUCUUCGGUUCCGAGUGAUUCAAUAACCCCUCCUAUCUCCGUAGGUUCAGGUCGCACAAACAGCACUGCCACCUCGAGACCAGCUGUCUCGGUUACUUCAGACAGUUUGACUCUAGGGACCACGAACAGUACAUUGACAUCGUUUGCCCAACUCGCAGCACUGCGCCUAAACGUUGAGCGGGCAUUUCUCGCUGUGUUGGACCGCGAUAAACAACACAUCAUCGCCGAAGCUACGCGAACUAUCAGUUUAACCGACCCGUCCGUUCACGAAGAAGACGAUGACCAUAUUUGGUUGGGAACAUCUGAUACUCGCAAGUCAUGGAGCGUUUGCAAGGACACUGUUGCCCUACCUCCCAACGACCCCAAUUCUACAGAACACCAAUUCCUCGUCGUGAACGACAUGUCCGAAAACGAACGCUACAAACAUCUCUCCUUUGUUGAAAACGACCCCAGCUUUCGCUUCUACGCCGGAACUCCCUUGACAACCGAGAAAAAUAUCAACCUAGGCUGUCUCUUUGUGAUGGACAAAAAGCCCCGGGAUGGAUUGACUACGGCGGAGAAGGAUACAUUGCGAUCUCUGUCAAUGUUGGCCAUGGACUACAUGAAGAUUUGCAGACACGCUUCCGAAGGGCGUCGGGCUGCCCGACUAUCCCGGGGCUUGAGUUAUUUCGUCGAAGGAAGUUCCAGUUUUGUGGACAGCAUUGAUCCGUCACGCACCGACAGUGUCGGUCCAACAUCGGAGACACCGCCAUCCUCCUACAAUCGACUCAGUGCCAUGGGCGGCUCUCGGGAGAAUAGUGCAGAACAGGCCUCACAAGCACCGUCACACAGCCCCUCCAAUAAACGAUCACUCAGCAAUGAUGCGCGAUCUUUUGGCUCGGUUACGUCCGAGUUGAGAUUGGAUGCCGAUUCAAAAUUGGACAGUGAUUGCAAGCUGGGAAGUGAUUCAAAACUGGGGAGUGACUCCAAAUUGGAAAGCGGGUCGAAGUUGGAAUCGGGAGGCUCGGGCGUAGAGAGCUCUCUGCCAGAGUGGCUGACAAGCAGCAGUCGGAAUCGCCUCCCACCCGAUGAUUCACAGGGUAAUUCAUGGUGUUUCCGCAGAGCCGCCAACCUGCUUCGCGAGAGUCUUGACCUGAGUGGCGACAGCGGCGUCAUUUUCCUCGAAGCCAACAGUAGUCCGUUAAUGGAUGUUGAUACCGGGAGUGAUGCUUCGGACACUGGUGGACCCGCUCCUGUUUUAUCUGCGUCUACAAACGAUGAACCGUUCGCCCCACAAGCAGGGUCGAUGGCCACAUGCGCCGCGGCCAAUUUGGACCGAGCUUUUCUACAAACACUAUUGCGACGUUAUCCGAAAGGAAAGCUUUGGUCGUUCCACCGCGAUGGGCUCAUUUCGACGUCGGAUGAUGACGACCAGCACCCCCAUGACCAAUUCCUCCCUGGUACUAGCACCACCAGUCGGUCACCACCUAGUUAUACUGCUCAAACCAGAGCUUCGAAACCCUUGCGCAAACGACGGAAAGCCGCGGAGAACUCAACACUCAACCACUAUUUCCCCAAUGCCACCCAAAUUAUGUUUGUGCCUCUGUGGAAUGCUGUUGGCUCCCAAUGGUUCGCAGGAUGUUUCUGUUGGAGUACUGUUGAAACGAAGGUGUUUAGUUCGUCGGUUGAGCUUAGUUCCGUGCUCGGAUUCUCAUCUUCUAUUAUGGCUGAAUACAGCCGUGUUGAAUCUCUCAUCGCGGAUCGCCAGAAGGGCGAUUUCAUUGGAAGUAUUUCACAUGAACUUCGUAGCCCUCUUCAUGGAAUUUUGGCCGCAGCCGAGUUCUUGAAUAGCACCCAUCUCAAUGAAUUCCAGGAUUCACUACUCGAGACCGUUAAUGCUUGUGGGCGAACUUUGUUGGAUACAAUGAACCAAGUCCUUGACUUUAGCAAAGUGGUUUCCCUAGAGCGAACAUGGCGGUCAAUGAAACGCAGGAAAGAAUCUCCGCUCGAUUUCAAAGGAUCAGAAAAGUUGGCAUACCACUUGGAUACGUACGUGGCUACAGAUGUUGCUAUCCUCGCCGAAGAGGUGAUCGAAGGAAUCUGCCUUGGACAUGCAUAUGGCCAGAGCUCUACUGCCUCAGCUGAUCUGCCUGUGUUGAUGCCACAUCAUCCAAAGCUGCAGACCAAGCGAUCUAAUGUUGAAGUUGUCAUUGACGUGUCCUUCCGCGAUUGGGUCUAUCGUACUCAGCCGGGUGCUUUGCGACGUAUCAUCAUGAAUCUGUUUGGUAAUGCAAUGAAAUACACAGAGUCCGGCCGGGUCACUCUAUCCUUGACAGCGUCCAGUAAAUCCGAAGGACGAUCCCGUCGACAAGGCCUUGAAGACUUGGUCACAUUAACAGUGACCGACACCGGAAAGGGCAUAUCAGAAGAGUUUUUGCGCGGCAAGCUUUACACGCCUUUUGCCCAAGAGGACUCGCUGGCUGUGGGCACGGGACUAGGAUUGUCCAUUGUUCGAAGCCUGGUCAAGGCUUUGAGUGGAAGCAUUCGAAUUCGCAGUCGCCCUGGUGAAGGCACUGUCGUAACUGUGUCUCUCCCCCUUGAACGUCCUGUCGGCAAGGAAAGCCCGGCUAUUGAGCCGUCUGGACAACUCAUCCAACAACGAGAAAUUCUGACGCAAACUCUUCUACUCCGUGAAGGAUACCCUGGUAGACAGGCCGCCAUUUGGAACGUUGAUCCGGCCGACGUGACGGAGCAUUCCAACUGGUCUGAAAUUGCUCAAUACCUUACACAUUGGUAUGGCAUUGAGAUCGUACCGUGGGCAUCUGAAGCACAUAUCGAUAUUGUGCUCAUGGACGAAACCGACAUACCAAAGUUCAUCGCCACUGAACCUUCAGCUACAUUGCCUGCUCUUCUUGUCCUGUGCCACAAAUCGGUGGAUUACAGCGGGGCACGAUCUGAUUGGUUACCUCUCGCAUCCUCUGUCAACAUCAUUCGACGUCCCUGUGGGCCACACAAACUGGCUCGAAGCGUGAUGAAGUGUUUGACAAAUGGGCUGUCGAGAUCUCCAACGCCCGCCUUGGCCAAGCAGGCCAUGAGCCUGCCUAUCCGAACAUCUUCGCUACCAUCCGCACUCGCGUCACCUAUGAGAUCGGACGCAGAUGUCAUGAGUGCUCCCGAGCUGGACUGGCCCGGAACUCGCUCUGUGUCAAUGCAGUUAUCAUCAACCCAAGCGCCAUCGAUAAUAAAUGCAUUGCCGGAGGAAGUUGCAGAAGCUCCGUUGCCAGCACCACUCUCCGAGGGGGCAGUCCCCGCCACGCGACUGGCUCGCGUGCUUGUGGUCGAUGACAAUCGAAUCAACCUCAAUCUGAUGAUGACUUUUCUAAAAAAGCGUCAACUUGUUGAGCUGCAUGGUGCCGAGAAUGGAAAGCUCGCUGUUGAGGCAGUUGAACGCCUGGAAAGCGGCUAUGAUAUCAUUUUUAUGGAUAUGUCGAUGCCUGUCAUGAAUGGCUUUGAGGCCACCCGUGCAAUCCGUUCACUGGAAAAGGAUUCGGAUGGUCGCAAGCCAGCCAUUAUCAUUGCCCUGACAGGACUGAGUAGCUCGCGCGAUGAGUCCGAUGCCCUGGCUUCUGGUGUGGACCUGUUCCUCACCAAACCUGUGUCUUUCAGGGAAGUCACACGGCUACUGAACGAAUGGGAACGAGACGGCUUGGAGCAAGAACGGAGGAUGGUGUCAUGA